AUGCAUUGGUGUUAUUUUUCCUUACCGAGCAGAGAUGAAUCUCAACUAAUCCAAACAAUUGUGGAAGCCACAUUAAGCAAAUUGAAUCGAACAACUCUACACGUUGCCAAAUACCCAGUUGGAAUUGAGGACCGUUUAAAGGAACUGUAUCCAAUAAUAGAUAUUGGAAAUAACAAUGUGAGAAUUAUAGGGAUCUAUGGGAUUGGUGGCAUAGGAAAGACCACUUUAGCAAAAGCCCUUUACAAUACAUGUUUUAACAAAUUUGAGAGUUCCAGCUUCCUUGCAGAUGUUAGAGCAACCUCAGAGAAACAUGGUUUGCUUCGGUUGCAAGAAACCCUUCUGUUUGACAUGUUAGGGGCUAGAAAUUUGAAGGUUGGCAAUAUUCAUAGAGGAAUCAACAUCAUAAAGGAUAGACUUCGUCACAAAAGAGUACUUCUAAUUCUCGAUGAUGUUGAUCGAAAAGAUCAGCUGGAGGCACUAGCAGGAGUGCACAAUUGGUUUGGUUUAGGGAGCAGAAUCAUCAUAACAACCAAAAAUAAACACUUACUAACCACUCAUGGAGCCAAUGGAAUGUACGAGGUACGAGGAUUGGACAACAAUGAUGCCCUUGAACUUUUAAGUUGGAAUACUUUUAAGAUGGGUAAACCGACAGAAGAUUACCUUGAGCUUUCAAAAUUUGUUGCAGAUUAUGCUAGUGGCCUUCCCUUAGCUCUUGAAGUAUUGGGUUCUUUCCUAUCUGGCAGGAGUAAAGAUCAAUGGAAAAGUGAAAUACAUAAUUUGGAAAAGAAACCGGAUGAAAAUAUAUAUAAAAUCCUUAAAACAAGUUAUGAGGCUUUACAAGAUGAUCAGAAGGCUCUUUUUCUUGAUAUUGCAUGUUUCUUUGUGGGAGAAGAUAAAUUUCAUGUUCUCGAAGUACUUGGAGAUAGUAAUUUCUCCCCAAUUAUUGGAAUUGGAGUUCUUCUUGACAUGUCUCUCAUAACGAUAGAGUUCAACAAGCUGAGAAUGCAUCAUUUGAUACAAGAAAUGGGUAAGGAAAUAGUCCGUCAAGAAUCCCCUGAAGUUGGCAAACGCAGUAGAUUAUGGUUUCCAGAUGAUGUUUUUCAUGUAUUAUCAGAAAACACAGGAACAAAUUCGAUCGAAGGCAUUAUGCUGAGGUUGCCUGAACCAAGAACACUAUGCUUAAAGGCUAAAUCAUUCAAAAAAAUGAGAAGGCUUCGACUACUUAUCUUUCGUGAUGUAGGCCUUUCUAAUGACAUUGCUUAUCUUCCUAGUUCAUUAAGGUUUAUCAAUUUGCCCGGAUACAAAUUAGCCACUCUUCCAUUCAAUUCUGGUCCAAAACAACUUGUCAAGCUCGAAAUGCCUUACAGUGAAAUCCAUCAACUUGGGGAAGGAUUCAAGAAUUUUGAACAUUUGAAAGUUGUCAACUUAAGCCACUGUGAAUUCUUAACCAAAAUUCCUGACCUUUCAACAUCUCCAAACCUUGAGUGUUUAUUUAUUGACCAUUGUACAAAUUUAGCUGAGGUUCAUGAGUCUGUUGGGAAUCUCACUAGACUGGUUAAGCUGGACCUUCGAUUAUGUCGCAAACUCAGGAUUUUUCCAAGGAUUUUGAUGUCCAAAUAUUUUACAACACUCGAUUUUCAAGGCUGUUCGAGUCUCAAGAAUUUUCCCAGUAUUUUUGAAGAAAUGGAAUACUUGGAGUGUCUAGAUUUAUCUGGCACGGCUAUAACAGAGCUGUCUUCCUCAAUCGAGCUUUUUGUCUGUCUUAAAGAGUUAAACUUAUCAUCCUGCAGUAAGCUUAUGUGUAUUCCAUCUAACAUUUAUAAGCUAUUGAAUCUGGAAAAACUUCUUCUCGGUGGUUGCUCAAAACUCUCUAUGUUUCCGAAAAAUGUACCAUUUCCAAAUCCUGACCAAAGUCCAAAGUUCCUUGAUCUUUUCCUUCAAAUAUGUGGCAGUUUCCAAUUCCUCUUGUUAAAGUCCCUUGAGCUUCAAAAUUGUAAUCUAUCAGAAGCAAAUUUCCUCAUAGAUCCUCAGAACAACUUUUCCAUGCUCGAAAAUCUAGAUCUAUCUGGUAACAAAUUCAUAAUCCUUCCCUCCUUUCGAAACCUUUCAAACCUCUUUAUCCUUAACAUAUCUAAUUGCAAACUGCUUCGGAAAAUUCCAGAGCUUCCAAGUUGUCUAAAGAAACUUGAUGCAAGUAACUGCAAAUCAUUGGUUGAGACGCAGGGUGAGAUCAUGGCGAAGAUCAUUUCCAAUAAUAUCUCGGACAAUGUUACAUUGAAGAAUCUGAACCAAUUCUUAAAAUAUCAAGUCCAAGUUGAGCUUCCAGGAGACAAUAUUCCAGAUUGGUUUAGCAGGAAAAAGUUUGUAGAUGAUGAGCCCAUAUCCAUCAUUCUGACAUCAGAUACAGUGAAGAAAUUGACUGCAAUAUUUGUUUGUGUUGCUUGCAAAGUGGGGAACGAAGCUCUUGAAUUAUCACUAGAACUUUUCGACCAAAAUGAUUUUCUUUUGGGGUGCCUUGAAAGAAAAGUUUUCCAUAUCAAACCAGGCAAUAUGGGACUUCUUUAUCUCCCUGCUACUGUUAUUGCCAGCUUGUCUUCUCCGUUCUGUUCUACUAGUAAAUUUAGAGUCUCAUUUUCCGACCUGAAGAAAUCCAGAAAUGCUGUCAAAUCUAUGUGUGGAAUUCAUGUUCUAUGUGAUCAAAAUGAAACCUGGACUUAUCUUCGCCAUUUGCCACCAAAUAAGAGACGCUUUCCUGAUUUUCCUUUCGAAGACGCUGAAUACAUGUGGAGUUUGUGUCGUCCAGAAACAGAAAUCGAGAUGGAUGACUUGAUGGAAAUUCAACAGCUUUGUGACUGUUUACAUGUAACAGCAGGUAGAUGGAAGCAGCAGGCAUCAAAGAGGAUACAGAGUCUUUUCUUUCUCCGCAAGAAAGGCUCAAGUCUCACACUUUAUGCAUAUGGAAUCAUGGAUCACGAUCUUCCCUCUAGUACAUCUUCUUCUUCUUCUUCUUCUUCUUCUUCAAAUCCGCAGUGUGAUGUUUUCUUGAGUUUCAGAGGCACAGAUACACGCAAAAUUUUCACAGGGCAUCUUUAUAAUGCUUUGAGUCUUAGGGGAGUUGAGACUUUCAUUGACAAGGAGCUCAAAAGGGGAGAAGAAAUUUCACCUUCACUUAUUGACGCAAUUAAAGGAUAA